AUUUUCUCUUUCUUUGCAGGGACAAAAUCUGGUGUCGUAUUUCUCUCCUGCUGUCAGUGGGACCUAUUCCUAAAUAAAUGUAUGAAGGAUUGGAGCUUGUGUUUUAAUGCAUCAGUAUGACAGAGCUUCAUGAAGCUGCAGCUUUGGGCAAUUGUGACUUCGUGGAUGAGAUCCUCAAAAAGGGGCUUUGUGACCCAAAUUGCAAAGAUAUUUACUGGAGUGACAGAACACCCCUCCACUGGGCUGCAGCAAAAGGGCACUCAAAAAUAAUAAGGCUACUUGUAGAGCAUGGUGCUCACCUGUGCUUGAGAACCGAAGCAGGAUGGACUGCAGCUCAUUUUGCUGCUGAAUCAGGGAAACUAGGAGUGUUAAGAAUCCUUCAUUCUUUGCAUGCUCCUGUUGAUGCUGCAGAUCUCUAUGGGGACACACCAAAGAGGAUUGCGGAGAUCUAUGGGCACAAAGAUUGUGCCAAGUUCUUAGAGAUGGCAGAAGUAGCAUGCAGAGAGUAUUGCCAGAUAGCAAAAUUAAAGGGAACUCAGCUGGAUGUGGAGGAUGAAGACUGGGAUCUCAAAAAGGAAGAACUUUUGGGGAAAAAUAAAAACGACACUACAAUAGAAACCUACAAAAAAUUAUGUGGGAAAAGAUGGUGAUAAUAUUCCUUGAGUAAGUAAUGAGCACAACUCUAUAGUUGGAUCCCAGCUGUUGUAACCCAGGGGUAAAGCAUCCCACUGGCUAUCCACACAAUACAUGCUGCCACUGCUGCUCUAUUUCUCCAUAACAUCUGAAUUAUGAGUCUGAGAAUACAGUAGUGGAUUGGAUGAGGGCCAAUAAACUAUAGCCAAUAAGGUAUAUUUGAAUCUUGGGAAGAUGGAGAGUGUGCUACAGUGGUGUAGUGGCAAAUUUAGAAGUGUAAGGCCCCUUCAUGAUAGUCACAGCCACACCCUCUGCCACCCAUCACAGCUGCAUCUGUUUCUAAGAAUAUGCAACCUUCUAAGAUUGUUUUAUUUCUUGAAUUUAUAUUCUGCCCUUCCUUCUGAAAAGCCCAGGGUGGCAAUACAAUAAACUUGUAUUUUAUUCAAGAAAAAUAA